CAGGCUGAGCAUUCAGGGAGGAGGAGGCUGAUCCUUAGCCCCCGAGUGUCGGGAACAAGCGGUGCUCUGUGCCUGGCGUGAGGCUUUGCAGUGCCAACCAAAUCACUGGAGAAGAGUAGCACAGAAUGAACAAAAACAAUUGAAUGCCACAGCCUGGAGAUAGCAGGUGCAGUGAAACCACUUCAAACUGCUCACACAAGAAGAUUUUACAAGUAAGCCUUUAAAGAAUAAUGGGGAAAAAAUAAGUAGCAUAAUUAAUAUAUCAACUGCAGUGGAAAUGUCUUAAAACAAUUAGUAUUUUAAAAAGAGAGCUCUGCUUUGUAUGUGAACUUAAAUCAACACUUGUCCUGCCUAAAAUUCUUCUGUGCUGACUGCAGGGAGGGCUUGGAUAGAAGUGUAUUUUCUAAUGUUGCAGAGCAAUGCCAUCUAGGGCAUAGAGCUUUACAGUUACCAACAGGAGUGCUAUCCAUCCUUAGUGACAGAGCUUCCUGGGCUGAAUAUUAAUAACUGGUUCAUCACCUCUGCAUUAGGCCUGUUGGGACAUGCUCAUUUUCCAUAUCUGCUUCCAGUUUUCUGAACUAUGCUCUUGUCAGUUUUUAAUGGAUAGUUUUGUCUCAACUGGAACAUAGUGAAUUUCUGUACGUACCUUAGUUCCUCCUGCAAUCCUCCUGUUAGCUUUCAUCUGUGCAGCACAGCAGGCAUUAUCAACGGCCUCUCUAAUCUUCAGCUACUCAAAGAAUCCACCCUGGCUGUGAUUAGAGCCACGAUACAUUUAGGCAGUAGAUUAAAAUACUAAACCUAACAGGCCAGAUCCCGUCAUCCUUAUUCAAAAUCUACUUAGUGUGUUACUGAGGUUCUCCUGUUGAAACCAAGCUGCCUGUAGAACACUGGUCUGCAUUAACUGAAAACAUCUCAAGAGCCUGGCCCAGCUGCAGCUCUGUCCUCGCUCCUGGCUGACACAGCUCUCUCCAGGCUGAAGGUGAGGUGCCAAAUCCAAGGUAAGAACCUGCUGGCUUUGGUGGGCGCCUGUGGCAGUAACGAACCCGGGCUCACACGUGAUACAUUUUACCCACUGUCUUGUCCUCCUCCUUCAUACCGUUUGACCUCAUCAUGCUUGGCCUUUCUAAGGAAUGGCAGCAAUAUUUAGUGGCACUUUAGACUCUGCCCCCCCCGGAGAACAGCAAGUGCUUUAACUCUCGAAUCAGUCUCAGGACAUUCUUUAAACUCCCAAGGCUGCACCAGCUUCUGGACCAGCCAGCUUCUGCCCUCUUCUGUGAGAGUUACACUUGGAGCUGGUGAUCCUCAAGUUACUGGCCUUGUGUGAGUUUGUUGUUUUUACAACCAGCUUCAAACUGAAGGCAAAAAAUACUUGACUAUAACUUGAAAACACACGGGGAGAUGCUAAUACCUUCACUAAUAAAGACAAGAGCUUUUAACAAAGCUACAAGCAUUCUUUCCCCUCCCCUUGACUAAUGGCAUUGUUGUUGCUAUCUGAGCAAAGAGGGGGCCUGGUUCUCCUCCAGGUUCAUAGUCUGGUGUGGCUGCCAAGAGGUUAGAACAGUAGUGCUUAUGGGCAUAAAAAUGCACGUACACUCCUGCAUAGUGAGGCACUGCAAGUCUGGGGAAGCAAGAGUUAGAUGUUAACAGUGUUAAUUAGUACAUUGGUAACUAAAUUUUUACAGUGUCUGCUUAAACAGUGCACUGUUUAAACACAAUGCUGAGGUGACAAAUAAUUGGUUCAUCAGAGUUCUCCCUGGUGAUCUGUUGUCCCAUAAAUUGGUAUGGUAUAUGUCACUUUUCAUUGUAACUGGAGAUUUGAAGCACAGAUUACUUUAUUUAGCAAACAGUUUUACAGCCACGCUACUAACACUGUCUUUUUAUUUCUUUGAUAGCGUAAAGAUGAAAGGAGGACUCACAAUCAUCACUUUCCUGCAAGUUAAGACAGUUGUGCAAGAAGGACUGGGAAUGCCAGCCUGUGUUUUUUGGAAGGUGAUGGGAGCAUGCUCUCAUGUGCCAGGACCCCAUCCACCACAGUGAAGGCAGGGGCUGGUUUAUUGGGUACCUGAUACUUCCAAGUGCUUUAAAACUGAUGUCCGGACUUGGAGCAACUCAAGUUGCUGUGCUUCAGUGCUGGGUCUGAGAUGGCAUCAGUGAUGCUGAAUGCAGGUGGGCUCAGGAAGCAGUUACCCAAACACAGGCCCUACCCCCAUUCUCUCCUACCCACAGAGUGUCACGUAAAAAAAGAUAUGGGUUCAGUUUUGGGAUCAGAACAUGGCUCUGAUCCUUCCCAAGUUCCUGAGGAUUACUCACAGCUAGUGUCUGGCAGUCAUUGUCUCCCUGGUCCGAGGUCUCAUCACUACUCUCAUGUUACUUUGGCUCAGGCUGUAGAGAAUGGAAUAGCUUUUGGCAGAUACAGAGCUGGAAUGAGCUCUCAUUGGCAGCUGGAGGCUUGUUCUUACGCCUCCCCUUCUUGCUCCCAGAUCUACUGAGGCUGCUGGUGAGGAGGUGGAUCAGAUGCCGUGGCCCUCACAUCUUACACAGUGCUCAGAGAGGGCAGGACGUGUAUGGUGUCUUUGCAUUACUUGGCCUGCACUCUGCAAGGGCUUUCUGAGAAACUUGGGGUUCUGGUCCACACACUCUCUGGGAGCUGAGAUGUCAAAGUGCUCACACAUCCCUGUAUGGAGACAUAUUUUAUUUAGUAAUUGCUUUCAAAAAGAUACUUGAAAAUUAAAGAAAGGGAAGGUAAAAAGUAAGCGCUGCUGAGCUGGAAAUGCAGCAUUUCCACUUAGUCAUUUCCUGGCUGUCAGGAGGACUAGGUGCUGUCAGAUCUCUCAUCAGAGCCCCACCACAGAGUACUGGUGUGAGGGAGUGUUGAAAAGCUGCUGGCCAGAUCUACUUUCAUGGGCCAAAGCUGAGGGAAAGGGAAGAGGUGGAACAAGGCAGGAUUCUGCCUCACUGUCCAUGGCAGGUCAUGCCAGAGCACAGAACAACUCAGGAUCCCAAUACCAGCCUUGCUACCAAAAACUAGUCUUGCAGAAAAACUAGUUGGUUCAGCUCUGUGGGGUUUUGUUCACUUGCUAGUUAGUGGGUUGGUUUAGUGGUUUUUUUCUUUCCAUGUGUGUAAUUAUGUCUCCUCUGCUCACUGUAUGAAAAGGUAAUUAGGAAAACUAACCUAAAUAUCUUAAUCUGUUCUGCUCCUAAGCAGUUUUUGUUGUGCCUUCUUUCAUGCAGUUUGAUUCCCAUCUCUCUCCUCCCUUGCUAUAAAACACAGCUGAGUGCAAAUCAGAACAAGAAAUGCAGCCUGACGGCCGAAGUGUAAUGUGCAUAAUACUGCCAAGGGUAAGAAUUUGAAUGUACUGAAGUAAUUGCUGUCACAUGCUAUAAGCUGAAACACACAUCAUGUUUUCAGGUGAGAAAAGAUCACUCUGAAACCACCAGAGGCUGGGGGUGGAUGCACCUCCAUGGCUGGGAGGUGGCACAGGUGUCCCUGUAGUGCAGCAGCAGUGUGUUCAGCUUGCAGGAGAGAGAGCCCCGCAACUCAUCUGUCUUUCCUCUAAAAAGGUGCUGUAGUUUCUCUUCUCACUCCCACAGAGCUCACAGCAGUGUGACAGGCAUCUAAGACAGGAGCCAGUGCAAGAGGAAAGUCUCUUGAUGUAGGAUGUAGGAAUCUUGGCUCCCAUGAGAGAAGCUAGCUGAAGGAAUUAAUAGUUGCUGCUCCUUGCUGCUGUUGCCAGUGUGACAACAGAUAAACACAUCUGUUUUCUAUCCCCUCAAUACACUCAGGAGGCUGAAGAUCCAUCCCAGUAACACUGUUCUCCUUUGUACUCAUGAUGUGAUUUUUAUAGCUAAAGUACAUACUGCCCAGGCCCAGUCCAAACCCAAUUCCAUGAGAAAGCUUCCCUCAUCUCUCCAGGGUAUAUAAUACAGCAAAGUAGCAGCUUGGGCAUAGCUAUGUGCCAGCCUUGUCCAGACUAGACAAGUGCUCUGGGGCAUCCCACCAGUGCUUAAAGCCUUCUGCCUACACGUUGGUCUCUGCCCCACACCCACAUGAUGGGAAAUACAGCCCAGCCGUUCAGGGCUUGGGAAAAACUGCUGUUCUUCAGGCUUACUGUAUGUAUAGAAAACCAUGCCAAGCCCAGCUCCAACUCGCAGCUGGAUUGAGGGGAGGGGUGUCAGUCAGGGAUAAAUGAGAAACACAAGCCAUGAAACUUGACCCCAGACUUUGGGUUCUUCAAAGGCUGUAUGUGGCAAAGGCUUUCCCAGUGAAUUUCCUCCAGUCCUUAGAGGUCAGUUCUGCUCCAGUUUGGCAGGGCUGCCUAUAUCCUAACCUGCCUCUUGUUUACUGCCUUGUUUGCUCUUGUUUUGCUCUAUGGCUGGCAGGCACCUCAGUCAACUGCUCUUCAAUGCUUUUGGGGGGCAGCAGUGGCUCCCCUCCUCUCUGUAAGGGUGGCCAAGAGCUCUGAUAGCUCUGCCAAGCCAGGCACCGCAAAGCUGGACUUCAGUACCAUCUUCUAGGCUGCCUGAAUAAAAACCAGCAGCUUCCAGAGGACUGAAAAGUCAGUCAUGAUACAGCUUGUGAUAAAUGCACUGUAAUGUCACAGUUCUGUGUGGUAUUUAUGCAGGUGGAGCAAGUUUCAGAGACCCUGGAGACAGCUUGCAGAACUCACCGCUGCUGUCACAACUGGCAAGCAGGAUUGCUUUGGCUGCCUCCAGCUCAUGCCAGGAAAGUUUCCCACCUUUGUGUCAAAAGGCAGCUAUAGGUUGCACGAAAGCUGCAGCAACAGAAGCUGCUCAGCUGCUCAAGAUUAAUGGCAACUUUUAUGGAGGCUGUGGAUUAAUAUAAGUAUCACCCUCUUGGAAAAAAGACAGCAUUCCUUCAUCCUGCUUCCUCAACCCUAGCUCCUUGGCCCAAGUCGGUGACCCGAGCCCGUGGGACGGAUCCUGGUGACGGGGAGCGGUCUGUGGGAAGGAGACCCGGCCCCCGAGCAGGAGUUCAAAGCAUACAGUGGAGUCUUCUCAGGGAAGAUGUCGUCUUUGACAAUGAAAACCUGUGGUCUGGACAAGAGAGGAAGUUUCUUUAAGCUCAUUGACACAAUUGCCUCAGAAAUCGGAGAACUGAAACAGGAGAUGGUACAGACAGAUCCCACACUGGAAGAUGAAUCUGCUGAUUUGCGAAGUCUAAUAAAGGACAUGGAUAAUGUCUCUCCUGAGAAAAAUGAUGUAAAAAGCUGUCCCCGGGACUCUGGAUAUGACAGCCUAUCCAACAAGCUGAGCAUCUUGGACAAGCUCCUCCACACUCACCCUGUGUGGCUGCAGCUGGGUCUGAAUGAUGCUGAAGCCAUGGAAAUUCUUCAGGCCCAGCCUCCUGGGAUAUUUCUGGUCAGGAAAUCUGCGAGACUGCAGAAGAAAGUCAUCUCUCUGCGUCUGCCCAGCGACUGCGGGUCCUGCCUGAGAGAGUUUGCCAUCAAAGAAAGUACAUACACAUUUUCCUUGGAGGGGUCUGGAAUAAGUUUUGCUGAUUUAUUCAGACUUAUUGCUUUCUACUGUAUUAGCAGGGAUGUCCUUCCAUUCACACUGAAGUUGCCUCAUGCAAUUGCUGCAGCAAAGACAGAAGCUGAACUUGAAGACAUUGCUCAGCUUGGACUGAACUUUUGGAGCUCCCUGGCUAACAGCAACCCCCUGGAUCCUUCACCUCCCUGUAGGCCUGUGCCUUUGGACAGUGCUCGUAAAGACUCGCGGCAGCUCUGCCUUAUAAAUGGAGUGCAUUCUAUACGAACCAGAACGCCCUCGGAGCUGGAGUGCAGCCAGACCAACGGAGCGCUGUGCUUCAUUAAUCCCCUCUUCUUAAAAGUGCACAGCCAGGAUGUCAGUGGAAGUCUGAAAAGGCAGAGCCCGAGAACUCCAGACGUGAAUGGCACGGCGAGGCCUCGCUCCCCCCCGCCCCGGCCGCCACCUCCUGCUAUUAAUAGCACCCUCAGGAGCCCGCAGCUCUCCAGGACUAUAAAGCAGGCGAGCAUGCCAGAAACAGCGAACCAUAAGAAAGAGAGAGGCUCGGAUUCGCUGCAGAGCAAGCCAGCCCCGAUUCCGCCUCCUCGGCUGAAGAAGCAGGCGGUUUGCUCCGAGGCAGAAGGGGGCCCGAAGGCGGCGGCCGCUCAGCCCGGCUCGGCGCGUGGGCCCGGAGCAGCAGCCGGGCUUCCAGGUGAGACCCCGCCCGAGCCCGCUCCGGCAGCUCCCAAAAAGACGGCGGCUCCCACCUCUGAGUCACACAUCCCGUGGAAUGGAGGCAGGCAGAGACUGAGCGACAUGAGCAUUUCCACCUCCUCGUCCGACUCGCUGGACUUCGAUCGGAGCAUGCCGCUCUUCGGCUACGAGGGGGACACCAACAGCAGCCUGGAGGAUUUCGAGGGGGAGAGUGACCAGGAGAGCAUGGCACCCCCUUUGAAGCCCAAGAAGAAAAGAAGCAGUUCCUUUGUUCUCCCCAAGAUUGUGAAAUCUCAGCUGCGGAAAGUCAGUGGAGUUUUCAGUUCCUUCAUGACCCCCGAAAAGAGGAUGAUUAAGAAAAUUGCAGAGAUGUCCCGGGACAAACGCACUUAUUUUGGAUGCUUAGUACAGGACUAUGUCAGCUUUCUCCAAGAAAACAAGGAGUGCCAUGUUUCCAGCACUGAUAUGCUGCAAACAAUUCGUCAGUUCAUGACCCAAGUCAAGAACUACCUGUCCCAAAGCUCCGAACUCGAUCCCCCAAUCGAAUCACUGAUUCCCGAGGACCAAAUAGAUGUUGUCCUGGAGAAGGCCAUGCAUAAGUGCAUUCUGAAGCCGUUGAAGGGUCACAUUGAAGCAAUGUUGAAAGAGUUUCAUACCACGGACGGUUCCUGGAAACAACUCAAGGAAAACCUGCAGCUGGUGCGGCAGAGGAACCCUCAGGAACUGGGCGUGUUUGUUCCCACCCCAGACUUCGUGGACGUUGAAAAGAUUAAAGUCAAGUUCAUGACUAUGCAGAAGAUGUAUUCCCCUGAAAAGAAAGUCAUGCUGCUGCUGAGAGUUUGCAAAUUGAUUUACACUGUUAUGGAGAAUAACUCAGGGAGGCUGUAUGGAGCUGACGACUUCUUGCCCGUGCUGACAUAUGUGCUAGCCCAGUGUGAUAUGCUGGAGCUGGACACUGAGAUCGAAUACAUGAUGGAGUUGCUGGAUCCAUCUCUGCUGCAUGGAGAAGGAGGCUAUUACUUGACCAGUGCCUAUGGAGCACUUUCACUGAUCAAGAACUUCCAGGAGGAACAAGCUGCCCAACUCCUCAGUUCAGAAGCCAGAGACACUCUGCGGCAAUGGCACAAGAGGAGGACAACUAACAGGACAGUGCCUUCAGUUGAUGAUUUCCAGAACUACCUUCGUGUUGCCUUCCAGGAAGUGACCAGUGGGUGUACGGGAAAGACCUUACUAGUAAGACCAUAUAUCACCACCGAAGAUGUGUGUCAGCUUUGUGCUGAAAAGUUUAAAGUGGACAAUCCAGAAGAAUAUAGCCUGUUUCUUUUUGUUGAUGACACCUGGCAACAACUGACAGAGGAUACCUACCCUCAGAAAAUUAAGGCGGAGUUGCACAGCCGUCCACAACCCCAGGUCUUUCACUUUGUCUACAGGCGCAUCAACAGUGACCCAUAUGGGGCCAUUUUUCAAAACAGCAAUGACUCACCUUCUUAAAACCAGCCACUCAUCAUUUGAAUUUCUGUUUCUUGGUAACUGUUACAAACAUCUUUGUCGCUGCCUUCCUUAGGAGCUAAAACGUGUCUUAAACCAUAAAGCCUAGUAAAACACAUGCUGGCAUUUCUGGCAUUGCUUAUAAAACCCAUGUUCUCAACACCAUGCACACGGCCAGUUAUGCAGAAUAUUCCACCAGCAUGUUUGAGGGAAUAGCCCAUGAGGCUACAUUUCUUGUACCACAGGCUCUUUUGCAGCAUAUGACACUGUGGCCCUUCACAGAUCUUUGCUGUAGUGUGCAAAAAUCUAUUUUCUUACACUCAUUGUUUAGCCAAAUGUCAUUUCGAUUUAAAUCUGUAUGCUAGACAAGUAUUUCAGUAAACUGGCUGGUAUGAGCUCAGUUUUGCCAGCAGGAGUUUGACAAGACUGUCCGAUGCAGGGCAUCAGUUAACUCAUAAUUACCUGGAUGAUUGCAUCCUUUUCUAAUUUUUUUGAUUACAGAAAAUCAUCAUGUUUUUAUAUAUAUAUAUAUAUUAUACAUAUAUAUAUAUCAUAGAAAUUUUAUAGCAGUUGCAGGUAAACUGUCAGGGUUGGUUUUUUAAAUAUUUUUUUAACUAUAAAGUAUUCUAUAAUUAUGCAUGUGAUUUUAACAUUUAAUAUACAAGAAUAAAUCUCUUGCUGGUUUUAGAGUAUUGCAUUAAAAGUAUAUGUGUUCUCUCUUCUUUCCCUGUUCCAGGAGAGCUCUUAUGUAACUUGUGUUAUGUGUAAGAAGAUUGUAACACCGGCACUGCCGAUUCCAGUGCCUUUACCUGAACUUGAUGUAUUGGUAUCUGUAUUAUUGUUUAUAUGCAUCGUUUUAGACAGAACUAGGGGGCUGGAAGAGAAAAUUGAAAGAAAACGUUGUAGAGGAGGGGAAGAGAAAGAAUGUAGAGAACCUAAUUUAGCAUUAAAAUCCGUUAGUCUGCUGGUUCAGGCUCCUUGCAGAAAACGGUGAAGGAGGUUGGUUGGGAACUUCAACGGAAGCAGCAGUGUAGGUCUGCAGAGGGAUGUGACAGCACCUCUCCCAGGUACUAUUUGUGUUAGCAGAGCAUUAAAUAUGUCAGCAGUGUGAAGGAGAACACUAUUUUGUACAGUUGGUUGCCAGCAUCCAAGCGUAUGUUGGCCUGGAGAACACGUGUCAGCGUUCCUGUCACCUGGAGAACACGUGUCAGCGUUCCUGUCACCUGGAGAACACGUGUCAGCGUUCCUGUCACCUGGAGAACACGUGUCAGCGUUCCUGACACUGCGUCACGCGGUGAGCGAGGCCCGAGGGUCAGUCCUGCAUGUGUAGGCAGCAGGUUGGUGUUUCGAGCACGUGUUCCUGUGGGUUUGUCCCAGACAGCCCACGUCAUGGGUGAUGCUCUGCACCCCCCUAAGUCAGUCAGGGCUGCUGUCUUAGGGGGACACGGGGUGCUCCCCAAAUCUGCUGUAGCGGUGGAACAUCAGGCAGAGACCACCCAGGUGCCACGGGCAGCACGGGUGUUGUACAUACAGAGAUCUGUAGGAUUGGUCCGUUUGCCUUGUAUCUGAGACCCCUGGCACGUGUCUGUAUUUCAUUUUGUACAUGUUGAGUGUUGCACAUAAUAAUACAUUGCAAUGCUGAACUAUAA